AUGUCCUCGCGUGAGGAGAGGAGAAACGAUACUGCGGAUGAAAAUGGAGAGGAGGAAGAUGAACUGUUCGAAGAAGAGAUGGAGGACGAAGACCACUUGACAGCCGACAGGUUUUCACCCGUCAGCAACAUUGGUAAGGAAAGCAUGAGCCCGUCGGAUAGAAGCAGAAGCAUUAACCGUUCAGCUGAACUUAAAUCAGGGAAAGAGAAAGGUGUGUAUUCCAGUCUCCCUCCGAGGAAGCCUGAUAUAACGGAGAUUACAAUGCAACUUCCUGGUAUGGGUGAUGACUUCAUGACAGUUCAUGUGCGGCUCACUCCCGCGAUUGACCUCCAGCCUCCAAAAGGCAACUGGUUGAAGGAGGUUGAAAAGGAUGGGGAAAUUGAUGAAGAGGCACAGGAAGAGGAAGAGCAAGGACGAGAUGAAGAGGAUGAGGAGAAUGAAGAGGAGGAGGAUGAGGAAGGGGAUGAGGAUGAGGAUGAGAACGGCACAGUGCCGCGCAAGAGAGGCGGCACGCAGUUGGGGAAGGGAAAGAAGGAAGCAAAUGAAGAGGAAGAGGGAGAUAAUGAGGAAGAGGAGGAGAACAGUGAUGUAAAUGCCACCAAAGAACGGUUGUGCCCUCCUUGGCUACUACCUUUGCUAAGCGACGAUGCAUUCUACUGGGAACAUACACUAGAUAAAAUGUUUGGCUACGAGCUUCCACCAAGUCCAAAUAUCGAUGCUUGUGGUGACCCGAAGAGUGCCAUUAGAAGGCCGAGAACAAGUAGGGAUGAUGGUGACGGGGAUGCAGAAGACCAAACUGGGGACAAGCUCAAGACACCUGAGAAGGUUGUGAUAACGGAUGCAGCGGAUGACAAAAGUGCUGCUAGUGGCGACAGUAGCGACGCCGACGGAGAUAUUCGUGAAGGGGAGUUAUCCACGAUUACCGUUCCAACCAACCAAACGUCUAAGCAGCUAGAAGCACAACCUCGCCCCGCAAGAUUCUCCUUGCAGUCGUCAUCUUCUCUUGGAAUGAAUGUACAAAAUCAGUUUCCCAAGCGGCCGGUGUUGCGUUUUACAGAAGCCAGUCGCCUCUUCUAUAUUGUGCGUUCUAUCGGCGGUAAACGAUGGUACUUGCUCGAUACACUUCCUAUGCCUGAGGAAGAGAGUGAGGAGGAUGUAGAGGAAGAGGCAAUGGAAGAGGUAGAGGAAGGUGAGGAGAGCGAAGAGGAUGAAACAAACUCUGCGAGCGGCAGCACAGAGACUGGUGACCAGAAUCUGGACGAGGAGCGCGAGAAGAAUGUGGAAGAUGACCAGGCCAAAGAACCGAUGGAACAAGCGGUGGGGGCUCAGUCUGACGUCGAUCAGGUAGAAGAAGAGGAGGACGACGGAGGCGUACCGGAUGCAAGUAUGCUCGAUAUGCAAUCUGUUAUCUGCAUUGACACACUUACGCUAGCCGCACUGCGGUGCCCAGCGGCUCUUCGCACCUGUUUGGUGCAGAAGGACCCUAUUUCUCUGGCGUGCAUUGAGACAUGGAUGCGGUUGGAUGUCAACAUCGCACUGCCGAUACUAACCACAAUUUACCGCACGAUGCUUGCCAUACGUGCAGAGGCCCCACGGCUACCGUAUUCUCUUCCCGAUUGGAAAUUCGAUUACAACAUCUUCUUAACAUCGUCCUACCUGGCGCACCGUAAGCCGCAGUAUCCGCGGCAAACUGCAAAUUUGGUUUCGAGUACCUCUCAAAUUUUGGCCGUGGUAGACUCCCCGUGCGUAGGGGAGAGGCAAAGUUAUGAAACUAUGGCUGGGUUACUUUCGGUUCGUACCUUCCCAUCAAAGCCGAUUCUAUUACAAAACUUGAACCAUGUGGUUGGAAUGCGGUUGUUCGUGUGGCUUAUUACGGAGAUACCCCAUCACGUGUUGCUGCAGUGGGCUUCCCUGAAGUCGUCGCCUCCGGAUUCUGGGAGGAAGGACGCUGAAACUGGUAGCGAAAGUGAUGACGGUGACGAUGAAGAGGAUGAGGAAGGAGACGGCAAGAAGAAGGCUGCCCGCUAUAUCGCUUCGGUUGUAGACGCGUUCUGGAAACGCGUUCCCAGCGUGGACGGCCCUUACUUGAUUCUUUCUCCCUUCUUGAAGGCCGUUGUCGUGGAAGUGCGUCGGCGCCAGCGGCGGGAGCGGGAGGGAUUCGGUGCAUCGAAGUACACACUAAUGGAGUGCGUUGCGCAUGCAUUGCCCAAACGUAUAGAAGACGGCAAACCAAAGAAAGAUCCACUGGUAGCAUCCUCAUUUUCUCUCUUUCCUCAGAACUAUGGACCCCCUGAGUUGUCCACGCCAUCGCCACCAGACCAGCGAGUGUAUCAAAGUGACCUUGUCAUACUACUACUCACACUGACAACGACGCCUGCUACACGAGACGCAACAACCGUGCGGACGGAGCGAUUGGCCCUGGGUGUUCGAUCGCAUCCACGCCCCCUCUCAUAUGCACCUGAUGGCAACUAUGAGCUUCUAACGUAUCUGCUGAAUAAGAAGACGGAGAAGGUUCGGACUCCCGUGGAAGCUGUACGAUCGGGAUAUUUCCGUGUCCUGUAUCUUUCCCUACUGCGUUUCGUGGCGCCUUCUUCUGUUAUGCUCCUACUUUCGGUGACACCACUCUUUUCUGUCAUGGGACCGGCGGAUCGAUGCCCCUUGCCUCAGCUGCUGCACGCGUGGCACAUUGAGUGGGAUUUUUGCUUCAGGGGUCAUUUAGAUCACUUUAUAAAUACAUUUUGGAAUGAAUUGUAUUAUCGUACCCUCGAGAAACAGUUUGACGACGCAACAGUGUUACGAGCGAAGCAGUUGAUGCUUCUGGAAAAAGUGACAGAACGGCGCAAUCAAUACCUAUUUGCCAUCCGACAACUGAAUUCGCGCGCACGUCCUCUUUCUGCAAGGGCAUUCGUGGGGUUCCCGGUCCUAGUGGGGGAAGAGUGCGAAGAAACAUUGGCUAUUUCCAGUACACUUGAGGCACUCCCACCGAUAAAACCCAGGAAAAUAAUUAAGAGCAGUGAACACCCAUUAAACCUCUCGCCGUACAGUGAGGACUGGCGACACGAAGAAGAACACGUGCGAUACAUGCUUGCUUCCUUACCCAUGGCGCCACGAACGUAUUUGACCCCAGAAACAUUACAUUUACUAUUGUUUGAUGUGCCACAUGCCAAUCGAUAUGCAAUACAUUACCUCAUGCGCGGUUGCGGCGUUGUCCAAACUCAAAUUAACCCACUCAAGGGGGCUGCAGUGCCUGCGAUGGAGUAUGCUCUGCUUACUCGAAAUGUGGAGGCCGUUUUGAUGUUGCUAGCCACUGGGGAAACAUUGGAUGAUCAAAUGCUGGGUGGAAUGGUAAAUGGUGAAGCGUGGUUAUACGAGGCUUUCCGUGGAAGAGACGCCAUGAGGCUGUUGGCGGUGUGGAGGAAAAAGGAACAGGAACGCAAGUCUGAUCCAGACGUGAGGUUUGGCGUUCUCCGAACGAUCCCCACAUCGGAAUGA